UGGGUGUCUUCGGCAAACGCCUGAAGAAAAAGCGUCCAUUCAUGUACUGCGCAGAGAAAGGUGUUGAAUGUCUUUCAUUACUGAAGUGUGUUUUUAUUAUAUCUUCUACGGUUGAUCACUUUCUCGUCUUUAAGGGUGGUGUGACAUUUUAAUGAGAACAUUAAAAGCUAGUUGUGAUUUGUUUUAAGCUAACGUCAUAAGCAUAAAGCAUGGACUGCAGAGUUCUGUCAGUUCAGAGUCAUGUUGUCAGAGGAUAUGUGGGAAACAAAUCUGCAUCGUUCCCUUUGCAGGUGCUGGGCUUUGAAGUGGACACUAUAAACUCUGUGCAGUUCUCCAAUCACACAGGAUAUGAGCAUUGGAAAGGUCAAGUGAUGACUGCGGAUGAACUGCAUGUCCUGUAUGAAGGGAUCAAGCUCAACAAUGUGAACCAUUACGACUAUGUGCUCACAGGAUACACUAGGGAUGAUUCCUUUUUGGAAAUGGUGGUGGAUAUUGUACAGGAGCUGAAGAGGGCAAAACCAGACCUGGUAUAUGUGUGUGAUCCGGUGCUGGGUGAUAAUGGGGCUAUGUAUGUUCCCGAGAACUUGCUGCCCAUCUACAGGGACAAAGUAGUUCCGGCUGCUGACAUAAUCACUCCCAAUCAGUUUGAAGCAGAGCUCCUCACUGGUAGAAGCAUAAGUACAGAAAAAGAUGCAGUUGAAGUGAUGAACCUGCUGCAUUUGAUGGGUCCAGACACAGUGGUCAUCACCAGCUCUGACCUGCCCUCUCCUCUGGGGGAUCAGUAUCUGGUCGCCCUGGGGAGCCAGAAAAGAGUGAGAGCAGAUGGAACCAUGGUGACCCAGCAGAUACGUAUGGACAUCCCCAGGGUAGAUGCUGUGUUUGUGGGAACAGGAGACUUGUUUGCUGCGAUGCUGCUGGCGUGGACACACCACCACCCAAAUGAUCUCAAGACGGCCUGUGAAAAGACGGUUUCCGUCAUGCACCAUGUCAUUAAGAGGACUAUUACUUACGCAAAAGAGGUGGCCGGUCCUGAUCGGAAGCCCACUCCUGCUCAGCUUGAGUUACGGAUGGUCCAGAGUAAAGCAGACAUUGAGGAUCCUGCCAUAGUUUUAAAUGCUGUUGUAUUGUAGUGUUUUACCCUUACAUCCUGUACUAGACAAUAUGAAUGUCAGAUAUUUAACAGCUAGAGUUUACAGUCACACUGUGGAUGCUGGAAUGCUCAUCUUUUAUGCUGUAGUGUUAUAAAUUCUUUUAUAACAAUAAUGUACUUAGAAUUGAAACUGUGACUUCUGGUACUUUAUAGUGCAUUAAUGCAGGUACUGCAUCCAAAAACUAACAUGUGACCUUAUGUUAUUAUCUUCACAUUCCAGCCAUAAUGUGCAUGUGACUAUCCAUCCAUUACUAGUAUUUUACAAUGAUUUGAUUAUGCAUGUGUCCAUCUGAAUGAAGCAUUAUAAUGAUUUUUUUUUUACAUUAAGAAAAUGUAUUUAACAUAUCAGUGUUGUCUAACAUUUGAUUCAGUCUGUCAUACUUAAACAUAUUUGAUCUGUUAGUCCUAUUAUUUCAUCAGAAUGACUGUACAAGCCCAGUCAGGCCAAGUUUGAGAAAAUUGUCUAUUAAAAGUGUCUAUUAAAUAAUAAAAAGGAAUUGUCUGUACUAAGAAAGUGCCUUGAAAUGCUGCUGUAGUAGAUAUUAAACUAAACAUGUAUUUAUCUUUGUAAUAGUUAGCAAUAAUUGCUCAGACAACUAACAUUUUAACUAUAUUGUAAUAAAAUGAUUCUAAUUUUUAUUCA